CCGUUUUUCCACGCGCUUAUCGGGUUACCCAACGGACAAAUACGCUAGAACAGCGGAUGAACGAUUUGAGGACAAAACAGCGGUUUCCUACCAAUAGAGAUAUGUCAUGAUUAUGAACAUAUUCCUUGCGAUUUUCUAUGUUUGACAGACGGAUAUCGAAAAACCCACUCGCCCCCAGUCGGUAAAAUGUAGGCUACAGCUUGGUAUCGCACUACAUUUUUAAACUACGGGAAACAACAGCCAUUCGCAAGUCCGACGGUUAAGUUUACAGAAAGAACAGUGGCGAAGUCCCGUGGCUGGAUUUAUUAGCAACACGGAACACCAGCUCUUUCUGACGUCACAGUAGGGUCGCGUUUAUUAUGCCCUCCCAGAAAGCUCGGCGACACAUCCACUGUGCGCGCGGCACCGCAGGUAGAGUUUCCUUGGCAUAAGUGACUGAAGACGACAAUGUCAAAAAAUAAGGCUGCAGGACCCAAGGUUGCCUACGGCAACGUUAAGCGGAGGGAGGGCGAGGGGCGGGGCUACGUGCGAUACAAGUGCCCGCCCACAAAAACGCUGCAGGACGUCCUGCGGCAGCGCCCAGGCUGGCUGGAGGGCCGGGACGAGGACUGGGACUUCAACUGGUGCGAGACGGGCUGGCUGCGGGACAACUACGGCCACAGCUACCUGGAGGACCACGUGCGCAUCUGCCACUUCCGCAACCACUACGAGCUGACGCGCAAGAACCUGAUGGUGAAGAACCUGAAGCGGCAUCGCAAGCUGCUGGAGCGCGAGGUCAGCGCGGCCGAGGCCGCCCGCUGCGACUUCUUCCCCUGCACCCUGGAGCUGCCCAGUGAGUACCACCUGUUCGUGGAGGAGUUCCGCCGCUGCCCCGGCAGCACCUGGAUCAUGAAGCCGGCGGCGAGGUCGCAGGGCCGCGGCAUCUUCCUGUUCCGCAAGCUGAAGGACAUCACGGACUGGCGGCGGGACCGCGGGCGGGCCGAGGAGGCGCGCGAGGAGGCGCAGGUGGAGAGCUACGUGGCGCAGCGCUACAUCGAGGACCCCUACCUGAUCGGCGGCAGGAAGUUCGACCUGCGCGUGUACGUGCUGGUGACGUCCUACCUGCCGCUGCGGGCGUGGCUGUACCGGGACGGCUUCGCCCGCUUCUCCGCCACGCGCUUCUCGCUCAGCAGCAUCGACGACCAGCACGCCCACCUGACCAACGUGGCGGUGCAGCGCACGGCGCCCGCCUACGACCACGAGCGCGGCUGCAAGUGGGGGCUGCGGCAGCUCCGCCGCUUCCUGUGCGCGCGGCACGGCGCCGCCGCCGCCGACACGCUCUUCGCCGAGAUGGACAACGUCUUCAUCCGCAGCCUGCAGAGCGUGCAGAAGGUCAUCAUCAACGACAAGCACUGCUUCGAGCUGUACGGCUACGACAUCAUCCUGGACCAGAGCCUGAAGCCCUGGCUGAUCGAGGUGAACGCCUCGCCCUCGCUGAACGCCACCUCGCAGCAGGACUACGAGCUGAAGUGCCGGCUGCUGGAGGACACGCUCAACGUGGUGGACAUGGAGGGCCGCCUGACGGGCCGGGAGACCCAGGUGGGCGGCUUCGACCUCAUGUGGAGCGAUGGGCCCGUGUACCGCCAGGACGGGAACUCGCCCGGACCCGCCAGCCCCUUCCACACCGCCAACACGCACCUGGGCUGCCACAACGACCGCGAGACCCAGCUCCGCAGGCUGCUCAGGCCCCUGCCGGGCCAGAGGCCCCACCAGGGCAAUGCAUAACCAAUCAGGGCAUAGGGAAUGCAUCACCAACCAGGGCAAGGGGAACAUCACGACCAAUCAGAGCCAGGGGAAUGGGAACGUCAUAACCAAUCAGAACCAGGGACUUAGGACACCCAGGUCAUGACCUCCAGAUUUUUCUCCCUGUGGAAUAAAUUUCCCUUUUGCCUGGUUUUCCUUCUCUUAGUUUGUGUUUCUGAAGAUCAGGGGUCAGUGGCACCCAAAAGCCAUCACCUGCUGGCCAGCACAAUCUGCAGUGUUCUGGCAGCCAUUUCCACCAUUCCUACACACACUGGCUUUGGGCUGGACCAUGGAGGAGCAACCCUGUCAAAGUUUGACAUCUAUCAUGUUCAAACUCUGUAGUAAAGUAGUUAAGUAACUGAAUUAAUAAUCAUGACAUCACUCAUAAAUUCCUAGUGUCCUCU